CACCGGAAAGACUUGUGCAACGAAUAGGCAUGAUUCCGGGAGCAAGAACAGGCGGAAGCCUCUCUGGGAAGUCAGUCCCACGAGGGCGCACCACGAAACCGACUGCUGCAGAGUAAGAGGCUUUGGGAAGUAACAGGUCUUGGUGGAGGCGGAGCGGGGAAGAGGCAUAUGCGCAUGUCCGGAAGUGGCGCCGUGCAGGCGCGUCCCCUUGGCGCCAGAGCCGGUUACUGGCGCGUGGCUGGGCUUGGGAGCGCAGUUCCUAGGGUCGCGCUGGCAGCCGGUUUCGGGUCGUUUUCUCGAAAAGUCUGUAGCGGCUUUUUCACCAGGGUUCUACUUGAGGUCAAGCUGAGGAGUGGCUGUUGGCUUGGGAGACGGAGCGGAAGAGCCAGCCGGGGAGGCCGGGCGCGAGCUCCCAGGGCCCAGCGGCGCAGGCUCAGACAGGGCCUCGGAGGAGAGAGGCCGGAGAAGGCGUCCUGCCCCGGAUCUGUCAGAGCAGUUCUGCAAAACGGGGCUGGGGCUGCCGUGGAGCGACGGUGACGCCAGAGAACUGCUGGGAGGCGGUGGCGCCAGGUGGCACCCAAUGCUGGAGCCAGGAGUAUCACCUUCUUGGGACUCUGCCCUUUCCCAAAACAAAGACUCAGGAGAAGAAGGAAUCGAUUCUAGUCUCUGCACAACUGGGCCCCAGGGAUCCACACCCUUCAGCAGCGUGACUGUACCUUUGACCAAGGAUGGGUGGAGGAACCGGGUCCUACUGGACUGGAAGAUUGUAUCUCAGUCACCACCCCAGCAAACCAUUUCUGAAGAAUCAUUUCCAGACACGAGUAUAGAGAUGGCCCCUGGAGAGUCAGAGCACAGAAAGGGUGAACUUGGGAAGAGCUUCAGUCUGAGACCAGUCCUUUCACUACAGCAGACAGUUCCUAAAGAAGUGAGUCCUCACGAACGUGAAACACACUCUAAGAGAUUUAAGAAUUCACAAGUAAUUAAGCCUCACAGAGUGAGACCGUACACAUGUAAUGAGUUUGGCAAAGCCUUCAGCUACUGUUCUUCCCUUUCUCAGAAGCAGAAGAGCCACACUGGGGAGAAACCCUAUGAGUGCAGUGAGUGUGGGAAGGCCUUCAGGCAGAACUCCUCUCUUCUUCAGCACCAGAGGAUCCACACAGGAGAGAAGCCUUACAAAUGCAGUGAAUGUGGAAGAGCCUUCAGCCAGAACGCAAACCUCAAAAAACACCAGCGAACCCACACUGGAGAAAAGCCCUACAAAUGCAGUGAGUGUGACAAAGCCUUCAGCGACUCUUCAGGCCUUGUUCAGCAUCAGCGAAUUCAUAGUGGAGAGAAACCCUAUGAAUGCAGCGACUGUGGGAAGACCUUCCGUCACACUGCUAGCCUCACAAACCACCAGCGCACUCACACCGGGGAGAAGCCUUACAAGUGCAGUGAGUGUGGGAAAGCCUUCAGUUACUAUACAGUAUUCAUUCAGCACCAGAGGAUUCACACAGGGGAGAAACCCUACAAAUGUAGCACAUGUGGGAAGGCCUUCACUCACAGUACACACCUCACAGACCAUCAGAGGACUCAUACGGGAGAGAAACCCUACAAGUGCAGUCAGUGUGGGAAGGCCUUCAGCCAGAGUAUACAUCUUGAAAGCCACCAGAAGACCCACAGUGGGGAGAAGCCAUACAAAUGUAAUGAAUGUGGGAAAUUCUUCAAGAAGACCUCAGCCCUCAUCCAACAUCACAUAAUUCACACUGGAGAAAAGCCCUACGAGUGUAAUGAGUGUGGAAAAGCUUUUAACCAGGGUUCAUCCCUUAGUCGGCAUCAGAGGAUUCACACUGGUGUGAAACCCUAUGAAUGCACUGAGUGUGGAAAGGCCUUCAAGUGUAGGUCAGCUUUCAUUAGACAUCAGAGACUCCAUGCUGGAGAAUAGCUGGGAACACAGUAGGUGGAGAAUGCCCCAGAUGUACCAACUCAUAACUCAACAUCUAAGUCAGGGCAGGUGGAUGGGGCUCCCAGAGAAAUGCUGAGGGCUUGAAAGCAUCUGGGGAUGACAUUUGACUUUCAUAGUCUGCAGUGCACAGCCACAUGCCAAAGCUCCUAUAAUAAAUACUUGGUCACUAUUUUCACCUUGCAUGGGGAAGCUCAAGAGCUCUCUAACAUUUUCAUUCGGUUAGCAUCAAAGAAUCUACAGAGUCCAACCGUCAACUCAAAUUUCACUCAGUUUUAGAGAUUUACCUUUAUCCAGAAAGUGGGCCUGAACACUUUAUGUGGCACGCACUCCAAAAGCCUUGGUUUAUUAGGGAUAAGUGAUUAAAUCAAUCAGUGAAGAACUUGGUUCUUUACAUGAAGGUCAGGUAUUUUUCCCAGUGUUUGUAAUUUCUCCCUGAAGUAAUGAGAACUGCAAAAGAACAAAGAGCAUUGGCGAGAAAUAACUAGUUGAGAAAUAUUAAGGUAUCCAGUUUGUGGGAGUAAGUGCAGGUGAGGAAAAAGAUUCUAGGGCCAACUAUUAAGUACUAGAAUCUCCUUGGAGAGGAAAUACUUCUUAAUGCUGGAAAGAUAGGAAAAUACACAAAAGCACCAUAAGGUGCGAUGUCCUCUUGUGAACUCUUACAGAGAAAGCGGACCCGGAGAAUAGUGGGACUGAGAAUAGAGGAUGCUGCUAAUGAAGUCCAUCAGCAAGAGGUACAUCCCACUCUAUGGGGCCUCAACAGGAAGGGCCACUAGAGUGACAAGAUUUGAGACAGCCAUGCUUCGGUUGGAGGCAGGUCAAAGAUUGCACCUAAUUCAAAUUCUUCCUGGUGGAAAGUACGUUUCCUUUAGGAGAUGCAGAUUUUCACCAUAGGCCGUUUCUUCUCCAUCAUUGUAGUUUAAACAUUGUUCUCACACCCAGUUGGUGUGGUCUCAUCUCAGGGUUUUGGCUAGCCAACCGUUGAAUAUUGGAGACAGGCUCCCAAUGAGUGGCCUUCAGUGUAAGGGAAGCUGCCUUAGCUUGGUUUCCUUGGUCCCUGUUCCUUUUUUUUUUUGUCUUUUUGUGACCGGUAAGGGGAAUGCAACCCUUGGCUUAGUGUCGCCCGCACCGUGCUCAGCCAGUGAGCGCACCGGCCAUCCCCACAUAGGAUCCAAACCCGCGGCGGGAGCGCUGCUGUGCACCCAAGCACCACACUCUCCCAAGUGCGCCAGGGGGCCGGCCCGGAAAUCAAGUUCUAAAGGCAAUCAUUUCCACCUCCUUUUAGUCUGGUACCCACAAGCAUUUCCAGGUAGUGUUUCAGGCUGCUGAGGUGUAGUCUCUUCCCAAUACCAAAGUGCGUUGAGGGUCAUCAAAAAGUGAAAGGGACUGAUAAGCACAGACACUAGAAAGGUGGGUAGAACAAGUGAGAUCUGGAAAACAGGUGACACAGGUACAUUAGAAAAUAGUCUCUACUGGGAUAAAGUCUAGAGAAAAACCUGUGAACCAGUUAGCAGAGGUAGGCUAGUUCCUGCAGCAGACCUGAGCCUCACUUUCACGUGACCCAGGGAUUAGUAUCAAAGGAUAAUCAUCAGGUGUCUUUGAUAUGUCAGUGAUAUUGAAUGUUAGCAUCCCCCACCAUAGAUGAAAUUCACCUGAGAUAGAAAGCUAUUUUCCCGUGUUCGUGCUCAUCUACAGGUUUUCUUUCUUGCCAAUAACAUUUUUCCUAUGAAGAGAUCCAUAAAGAGUGUACAGUGUGUUCCUUUC